GGAGCGGGCGGAGAGAGGGGAAGUUUGGGCAAGUUUGAGCGGGGCGGCAGGACCUGUGCACCCACCCGUCUACCCCCGCCUGUCCUUAGCGGACGCCGGCGCCGCCCGCACCCUCCCUCCCUCCCUCCCUCCCCGCUGCCCGAGCGAGGGGACGCGGCUGUCGGCGGGGACGUGCGGCUUGUGGCCGCGGGCUGUGGCGGGCAGGAUUGUGAGCUGCGGACGGAGCAUGGCGGGGAAGAGCUGCCUACUGUGGACGCUGGUGAUGCUGAGCGGCGCGGCGACGCGGGCACAAGAUGAUGUGCCUCCUUAUUUUAAAACCGAGCCAAUUCGCUCCCAGAUCCAUCUGGAGGGGAACCGCCUAGUGCUGACAUGUAUGGCUGAGGGAAGCUGGCCCUUAGAGUUCAAGUGGUUGUACAACAACAUCGAGCUGACACACUUCUCCCUGGAAUACAGAUACCUGAUCCCAUCACUGGAUCGCUCCCAUACUGGCUUCUACCGGUGCAUCGUGAGGAAUCGUGUUGGUGCCCUGAUGCAGAGGAAGACGGAAGUGCAGGUGGCAUAUAUGGCCGACUUCGAGAGUGGAGAAAAGCAUUUACAUGUCUCGCAAGGAAAUGCUGCAAUCAUCAAGGCUCCAAAAAUCGCCAGCUUCCCACAGCCCCAGGUCACAUGGUUCCGUGAUGGACGCAAGAUCUCGCCCAGUAGUCGAAUAGCUAUUACCCUGGAGAAUACACUUGUCAUCCUGUCGACAGUCGCUCCAGACACGGGGAGGUACUACGUGCAGGCAGUGAACGACAGGAACGGAGAAAACAAAACCAGCCAGCCUAUCAGCUUGACAGUCGAGAAUACCGGUGCUCCUGCAGAUCCCAUCGCUCCAGUUAUCAUCAUCUCACCCAGGAACAUCAGUGCUGUGCUGGGCUAUCCAGAGGUGACACUGGAAUGUGUGGCCAACUCCAGGCCAUUAAUUAAGCUGAAUAUCAGUUGGAAGAAGGAUGGGAUACCGCUGAGAAGUGGAUUGAGUGACCAUCACCGGAAACUGACCAUCCUAAACCUGAAAGCGCGAGACUCAGGCCACUACGAGUGUGAAGCCGUGCUCCGAAGCAGCAGCGUGCCGUCAGUCAGUGCAGGGGCCUAUCUGUCUGUGCUGGAGCACCCGCAGUUGGUCCACGAACCUGAGAGGCACAUCAGCGCUGAGAUCGAGAGAGUGGUCGAUAUUCCCUGUCAGGCACAAGGAGUGCCCCCGCCAGUGCUGUAUUGGUAUAAAGACGCGACGCUCAUCACCAGGCUAACUGCCCCCAGGUACAAGGUGUUGUCCAACGGCAGCCUCCAGAUCAACGGGCUCGUCCCUGAAGACACUGGCAUGUUCCAGUGCUUUGCCCGGAACGAUGCGGGCGAGGUACAAACUUUCACCUACCUGGCCGUCACCAGUAUUCCUCCCAAUAUCACCAAGGGGCCAACCGACAGCACGGUGAUAGACGGGCUCUCGGUCAUUCUCUCGUGUGAAACGUCGGGGGCACCACGACCCGCCAUCACCUGGCAGAGGGGAGAGAAAGUGCUGGCGAGCGGUUCUGUCCAGUUCCCCCGCUUCACCCUGCUGGAGUCUGGCAGCCUCCUCAUCAGCCCAUCCCACAUCUCCGAUGCUGGCAGCUACAUCUGCCUGGCCACCAACUCCCGCGGAGUGGACGAGGCAUCCGGAGAUCUCAUCGUGUGGGCACGAACACGGAUCACAAAUCCACCGCAAGACCAGAGCGUGAUCAAAGGGACCAUGGCCUUACUGACCUGUGGUGUGACCCAUGACCCCAAUGUUGCCAUCAGGCACAUGUGGCAGAAGAACGGGGCUACGAUAGAUGUGGAUGUCAUCCCACGUAUGCGGAUUGAUGAGGUGGGGACGUUGUACAUCUCUCAGACCUGGUCAGGAGAUAUCGGCUUGUACACCUGCAAGGUGCUCUCAGUCGGGGGGAACGACUCUCGGAAUGCACACGUCAGAGUGAGACAGCUGCCCCACGCGCCCGAGAACCUGGCCGCCAAACUGAGCACCAGUGAGAAGAGAGCCAUUGUCCUGACGUGGGCCAAGGCCUUCGAUGGCAACAGCCCCCUGCUGCACUACGUAUUGGAGGUGUCCGAGAACAAUUCCCCUUGGACGGUUCACCUGAUGAGCAUCAACCCAGAAUCUGUGGGUCUGACUGUCAGAGGACUCAUUCCAGCCCGGUCCUACCAGUUCCGUAUCUGUGCCUUGAACGAUGUUGGCAGGGGGCAGUACAGCAGAGAGACGGAGAGGCUCUCACUGCCAGAGGAGCCACCGAGCGCCUCUCCCCAGAAUGUCAUUGCCAGCGGCAGAACCAAUCAGUCCAUCAUGAUUCAGUGGCAACCACCCCCGGAAAACCAGCAGAACGGCGCGCUGAAGGGCUACAUCAUCAGGUACUGUUUGGCAGGCCUACCCGUGGAACACCAGUACAGGAACAUCACCAGCUCCGAUGUUAACAACUUCCUACUUGAGGACCUCAUCAUCUGGACCAACUAUGAGAUAGCUGUGGCGUCGUACAAUGGGGCAGGGCUGGGCAUCUACAGCCCCACAGUCACUGAGUGGACCCUGCAAGGGGUUCCCACAGUGCCUCCAGGAAACGUGCUCGCUGAGGCUAUUAAUUCCACAACCAUUCGAUUCACGUGGACCCCACCCAGCCCACAAUUUAUUAAUGGAAUUAACCAAGGCUACAAGCUGCUGGCCUGGGAGCCUGGUCAGAUUGAAGACUUUACCAUGGUGACCGUGCGGCCAAACUUCCAGGACAUGGUCCAUGUUGGUUACAUACGCGGCUUGAAGAAGUAUGCUGAAUAUUACACCUCUGUGUUAUGCUUCACCACCCCAGGGGACGGCCCCAGGAGUCCGCCCCAACUUGUGCGCUCUCAUGAAGAUUACCCUGGUCCAAUCGGACACCUCAGUUUCACGGAGAUCCUGGACACUUCGCUCAAAGUCAGCUGGAGGGAGCCACAUGAAAAGAAUGGGAUUCUCACAGGUUACCGCAUAUCUUGGGAGGAGUACAAUCGCACAAACACGCGUGUGACACACUACCUGGCAAACGUGACACUAGGCUACCGAGUCACCGGCCUAACUGCUCUCACAACCUACACUAUUGAUGUGGCAGCCAUGACGUCCAAGGGUCAAGGCCAGACCUCCUCUUCCACCAUCUCCUCAGGAGUUCCUCCAGAGUUACCUGGCUCCCCCACAAACCUGGCCAUCUCGAACAUCGGCCCUCGCUCGGUAACGCUGCAGUUUCGGCCUGGCUAUGAUGGAAAAACGUCCAUCUCGCGCUGGUUGGUGGAGGCUCAGGUUGGUGUAAUUGGGGAGCAUGAGGAAUGGCACCUGGUUCACCAGCUGGUCAACGAGCCUGACGCCCGCUCCCUGGAGGUCCCCAACCUCAACCCUUUCACCCAUUACAGGUUCCGCAUGCGCCAGGUCAACAUCGUGGGGACGAGCUUGCCGAGCCAGCUAUCACGCAAAAUUCAAACGUUGCAGGCCCCGCCUGACAUGGCUCCUGCCAAUGUGACCCUGCGCACUGCAAGUGAGACAAGUCUCUGGCUCCGUUGGGUGCCUUUGCCUGAAUCGGAGUACAAUGGGAAUCAGGAAUCAGUGGGAUACAAAAUAAACUAUGGGAAGUCAGAGGGGAAUGGGUCAACUCUGACCCACAUCAUCCACGAUCGUAUUGAGCGGGAUUUCACCAUCGAGGAUCUGGAGGAGUGGACUGAGUACAGAGUGCAGGUGCAUGCGUUCAACGCCAUCGGCUCCGGACCCUGGAGUCCACAGGUCAAUGGUCGCACCAGAGAAUCCGUUCCUUCCUCAGGUCCAACAAAUGUCUCUUCUCUUGCUCUAAACUCGAACAGCAUCCUGGUCAAAUGGAAUGAGGUCCCCAAACAGAAUCGCAAUGGACUCGUCCUAGGCUACAAGGUCCUUUACAAGGAGAAAGACCUGGAAACUCCUACAAAGUUCAGGACCAUUGAAGGCAACGCCACCCAUGUUGUCCAACUUGUUGACCUGGGGAAGUACGUGCUGUACAAGAUCCAAGUGCUUGCUUUCACCAGGAUUGGAGAUGGAAUGCCCAGCUUCCCGCCCAUUCUUGAGAGAACCCUGGAUGAUGUGCCGGGACCUCCUGUAGGAAUUCUGUUUCCAGAGGUGCGGACAAAAUCUGUGCGGCUGGUGUGGCAGCCUCCAGCCGAGCCCAACGGGAUCAUCCUGGCUUACCAAGUGACUUAUCGGUUAAACACCAGCAGCACGAACGCGGCCACGGUGGACGUGUUGAACCCAAGUGCCCGGCAGUACACGGCCACCGGACUCGAGCCCGAGUGUAGCUACGUCUUCCGCAUUACAGCUCAGACCCGUAAAGGUUGGGGAGAGGCGGCAGAAGCCUUGGUGGUAACCACAGAGAAGAGAGCUCACCCGCAGCCCCCCAGCAAACCUGCCAUCCGACAGCGGGAUGUCCAGCCCCGCAGUGUGCUCCUGUCCUGGGAUCCCGGUAGUGAUGGCCUCUCUCCAGUCCGAUACUACACAAUCCAGUCCCUGGAGCUCCCCAACGGCAACUGGUCACUUCACUCGGCCUCUGUCAGCCACGAGUCCGUCACCUAUCUCGUCGACAGACUCAAACCUUUCACCUCUUACAAAUUCCGUGUGAAAGCAACAAAUGAUAUUGGCGACAGUGAAUACAGUGAGGACUCUGAUUCUGUCACCACCCUGCAGGCUGCUCCCGAUGAGGCUCCUGAAAUCCUGUCGGUGACGCCGCACACCACCACCUCGGUCAUGAUCCGAUGGCAGCCUCCGGCAGAAGAGAAGAUUAAUGGGAUUCUGUUAGGGUUCCGGAUUCGAUACCGAGAACUACUGUAUGACAGCUAUCGAAGUUUCACCCUCCGCAGUGUGGCCAACCCCAGUGCUAAGUGGUCUGAACUUACACCAGUGUAUCAUGUUCGGAACCUGAGUGACUCUACACUCGCACAAUAUGAGCUGGACAAGCUGAACAAGCACAGACGUUAUGAAAUCCGAAUGAGCGUGUAUAAUGCAGUGGGGGAGGGGCCGACCAGUCCUCCUCAAGAGGUGUUUGUGGGCGAGGCAGUCCCCACUGCGCCCGCCCAGAACGUGCAGGUUCAGGGUUCAACAGCAACACAGUUGGACGUGUCCUGGGAACCUCCCCCACCAGAAGCACAGAACGGAGACAUGCAGGGGUACAAGAUUUAUUACUGGGAGUUCCAGCGCCAGAAUGAGACGGAGAAACUGAAGACUCUCUUCCUCCCUGAAACCACCAUGAAACUGAAGAACCUGACCGGGUACACCACCUACCUCAUCAGCGUGAGUGCCUUCAAUGCCGCUGGUGAUGGACCAAGGAGCACUCCCAUCAGGAGCCGCACGCAACAGGCAGCUCCGAGUGCUCCGAGCUACAUCCAAUUCAACGAGCUCACCACCACCUCUGUCAACGUGUCGUGGGGAGCACCCAAGUAUCCCAAUGGCAUCAUCGAAGGAUAUCAGCUAGUCUAUGAGCCUUGCAUGCCUGUUGAUGGUGUGAGUAAGAUUGUGACCGUGGAUGUGAAGGGAAACAGCCCUGGAUGGAUGAAGAUUAAAGACCUGUCGGAUGGCGUCACUUACGCCUACCGAAUCAAAGCUAAAACCUUCACGUAUGGACCAGAAAUUGAGGCAAACAUCACAACUGGACCAGGGGAAGGUUCCCCGGGGCCUCCAGGUGAGCCACUGAUCUACAGGUACGGCUCCGUCAUCACCAUUCAUUGGUCCAGCGGGGACUCGGGAAAGGCCCCCAUCAGCCGAUACGUCAUCGAGGCCAGACCAUCAGAUGAAGGGCUGUGGGAUAUUCUAAUUAAGGAUGUUCCCAAGGAAGUGACAUCAUACACCUUCAGCAUGGACAUCCUGAAACAAGGUGUCAGCUAUGAUUUCCGAGUGAUUGCGGUAAAUGAUUACGGAUACGGAACCCCGAGUUCACCUUCCCCGUCAGUUUCAGCCCAAAAUGCAACGCCGUUUUAUGAGGAAUGGUGGUUCCUGGUGGUCAUUGCCUUGGUUGGACUCAUCUUCAUCCUUCUGUUGGUGUUCGUACUGAUAAUCCGCGGACAAAGUAAAAAAUACACCAAAAAAACAGAUUCCGGAAAUAACACAAAAGCUGGCACUCUGGCUCACGAAGAAAUCUUGAGCUUAGACAAUGGACGUUUCCCUGCGCUGGAGCUCAACAACAGGCGACUUUCAGUGAAGAAUUCCUUCUGUAGAAAGAAUGGUAUCUACAACAGAUCACCCCCACGGCCAAGUCCUGGCAGCCUCCAUUACUCAGACGAGGAUAUCAGCACAAAGUACAAUGAUCUGAUCCCUGCAGAGAGCAGCAGCCUGACGGAGAAACCCUCUGAAAUAUCAGACUCUCAGGGCAGUGAUAGUGAUUGUGAAGUAGAUCAGGACAGACCUAAGACACAUUCCUUUGUAAAUCACUACAUAAGUGAUCCUACAUAUUACAACUCAUGGAGGCGGCAGCAGAAAGGCAUCUCAAGAAUUCAAGCCUACAGCUACACAGAGAGUGAAUCGGGUGAUCUAGCUCCUAACCACAAACCUGCUACGAAUUCAACCAACAGCAUCCAUGUUCCUCAACAAGGCAGCCUCCUCCGAGCUAAGAGAAGCCUUACGCCCACCCCCCAGCAGCCUUCCAAUAGUGGCAGCCAGCCAGGUACCCUAUAUCGACCUGCUAGCAGCCUUGCUCCAGGAUCUAGAACACCAGUAGCGGGAUUUUCUUCUUUUGUUUAAACAGUACAAGAAGAUAUUCUUUGUUAGUUUGAAGAGUUAAUGUGUGGAAGACAAUCAGUAAAAUGCUGUUUGCAGCCUUGCACAGAUUUUAUUUGGAGAAAUACACACAGUUAAAUGGAAACAAACCUUUUUAAGGACAUCCAGUGUGACGUCCUGCCAUGGCCCAAGGAGAAGGAGCUCUCAAGCAAUUGCAAAUGAAGUGGUGGAUUGGACAGUUACCCACAGAACUACUCAUGCUUUCCAAAUGGGCUUAGAUUCUAUUUGGUUGAAAAGUAUACAAAUCUCAUGUAUGGUGAUACAUGUGAGAGAUAAACAUAACCUGAAGUUCUCAUAGACAAUUGCCAAGUCAAAUAAUCCAGUGGCUGGAGUUAAUUUCAUUGUGCCCACUUUAUAUUAAAAAAACGGAUAUGUUGGUUUUAGUUGCUAUCUUGGCUCUUUGCAACUAUUCAGAUUGGCGAGUUUUUACUUCAUAACUGCUGCAUGACUGCUACAAUGUGAGUCUCCAACAGCGAGUUAUCCUGCGCUUUCUAAAACUAUAAUGUUAAUAAUUUUAUCAUUGCUUUUAAAACAUUUUCUUUGAACAAAUCUUCAGAUUUGUAUCCGAAGAUAUGGAGAUGUCUGCCUUUUCUUUGUCUGUUAACUUGUGGUUGUAAUUCACGAAGACAAGAAGUGUUUGCAUGAAUCACAAGACAUUAUUGACCAUGUGUUGUAAUGUCGGUCCUUGUGUUUUUAAGUAGAUUUACAAAAUGGAAAAAGUGUUCCCUCAAAAAUAAGGCCGGACAUCUGUCUUUAGGUUUAAAGGCUAAAUAUAUAUGAAAUAUCCUAUCUGUAGAUGCGAAUGGGUGAAGGUCAUCAGGAAAUUUCCUUCCACAAUAAUAACUAUUACCAGCAUAAGGUGUUUUUUUCUUUCUAACAGCAUAAGUCACAGACACUUGCUCCGAGCUAGUGGACAUCUUUUCUUCUGCCUUAAAUUUUGGGUAACAGUUGCAAAUACAGUACUAUUAAAUUGAAACCAGUUAACGACAAAUCUCUUAAAAUGUUAAUAAAAUCCACAACUAGUUUUGGUACACGUAUAUUAAAUCAUGUAACCAGUCUCAUGCUAAACCCACUUAUUUGUAAGGUGUCACGAUGAUUUUUAAUUGCUCUUGAUUUCUUCUGCAUAGUUUGUUUUAGUGUAAAUAAUGACAUUGUCAUGUAGGGCCACUGUACACACUGUACAGACAGGUAGAGUCACCAAACAGGGGGGGGCAUUACCAUUACCAUGAAGAACACUUAUUCACAUGGGGAUAUUGCUCUACCAUGAGCAGGAAAAAAGGAAUGGUGUGAGUAGUAAUUGUAAUCUUAGUACCUGUAAUUGUAGAAACCACUGGCGGUGACCAUUCUGCAUUUCUCAGCACCCCCCUGCAAUUUCAAUUCAAAGCAAUUCAUUCAUGAAGAGAAAGUUAUUUGAACCCUGGGGUACAACAAAGAUGACAACCAACUACACAAUGAACUUUUAAAAUAUUGAUGUAUUUGCAGUCAGGUGAUAUUAUGGCCUUUUCUCGUUAAUUUAAAAAAAAAUCUAUUUUAUUUUCUCAUUUUUCCACCAUAGACUUUGUGAAAACAUUAUACAGCAACAUAGAAUGACCAUAUUGGAUAGAUUGCAUAGCACUAUUUUGUAGCAAGAGUAAUGUCACAAAAGCAACUAUUAAUUUCCCAAUCAAAAUUGAAGUUGAUUUGUAAUAUCAGAGGAAUAUAUAUUAUCAUUAAAUACCAAGAAAAUAUUCUCUUUUAUGACCUGAGGGUGAGUUACAGUUUUCAGGUCAGAACACGAUCAUUUGUAUCAAAUUGAUGUUUAUUACUUUAAAAAAAAACACAGGAAAACA